AUGGUUUCGGUCUCGGUGCUUUGACCGCUUCAACAAAUUUUCCUUUCGCUACUUGUCACCGGUAGUCUUGAAAGGUUAUUUACGUGUCAUUCUUGUUUCAGAUCUGCGUGUGAGACACAUUUCAUUGAAAUGCUGUCGAUAUCAAGGAAAAUGGAUCUCAGAUUACUUUCAAUCUUUCUUUUUGCUUUUGUUGGAGCUGAUCAGUCCAAAAAGGAAUCUAUAGGAACAGUAAUUGGUAUUGAUUUAGGUACAACAUAUUCAUGUGUUGGAGUAUUUAAGAAUGGCAGAGUGGAAAUAAUAGCCAAUGACCAAGGUAAUCGCAUUACCCCUUCAUAUGUUGCAUUUACUGCGGAGGGAGAAAGGCUUAUAGGCGAUGCAGCAAAAAAUCAAUUGACCACCAAUCCUGAAAAUACAAUAUUUGAUGCUAAGAGACUUAUAGGAAGAGAUUGGAAUGAGCCCACAGUUCAGAAAGAUGUGAAAUUUUUUCCUUUCAAGGUAAUUGAAAAAAACAGUAAACCUCACAUUCAGGUCGAGACAUCCCAAGGUAAUAAAUUAUUUGCUCCCGAAGAAAUAUCUGCAAUGGUUCUCGUCAAAAUGAAAGAAACUGCUGAAGCUUACCUUGGCAAAAAAGUAAGCCAUGCUGUUGUUACAGUACCAGCAUAUUUUAAUGAUGCCCAACGUCAAGCAACCAAAGAUGCCGGAGCAAUAGCCGGUUUAAAUGUUCUUAGAAUCAUUAAUGAACCUACUGCGGCUGCCAUUGCCUAUGGUCUAGACAAGAAAGAAGGAGAAAAAAAUGUGUUGGUUUUUGAUCUUGGUGGAGGAACCUUUGAUGUCUCUUUGUUGACAAUUGACAAUGGGGUUUUUGAAGUAGUUGCAACAAAUGGUGAUACUCAUCUUGGUGGUGAAGAUUUUGAUCAGCGGGUAAUGGAACAUUUUAUGAAAAUAUACAAAAAGAAGUCUGGUAAAGAUAUAAGGAAAGAUCACAGAGCUGUGCAGAAACUGCGACGUGAGGUAGAAAAAGCAAAACGUACCCUUUCAACAGCUCAUCAAGCUAGAAUAGAAAUAGAAUCAUUUUUUGAAGGAGAUGACUUUAGUGAAACUCUUACAAGAGCUAAGUUUGAAGAAUUAAAUAUGGAUCUCUUCCGUUCAACAAUGAAACCAGUUCAAAAAGUUUUAGAAGAUGCAGAUUUGCAAAAGAAAGACAUUGAUGAAAUUGUCCUUGUUGGAGGAUCCACUCGAAUUCCAAAAAUUCAGCAAUUGGUGAAGGAAUUCUUCAAUGGGAAAGAACCAUCUCGUGGUAUUAAUCCAGAUGAAGCUGUUGCUUAUGGAGCUGCUGUGCAAGCUGGAGUUUUAAGUGGGGAAGAAGACACAGGAGAACUUGUGCUGUUGGAUGUUAAUCCUCUGACACUGGGAAUUGAAACUGUGGGUGGUGUAAUGUCUAAACUCAUUCCUAGGAAUUCAGUUAUUCCUACAAAGAAAUCACAAAUCUUCUCUACUGCUGCUGAUAAUCAGCCUACUGUUACUAUACAGGUAUAUGAAGGUGAAAGACCAAUGACUAAAGAUAACCAUCUAUUGGGAAAAUUCGACUUGAAUGGCAUUCCACCAGCUCCUCGAGGUGUGCCUCAAAUUGAAGUAACUUUUGAAAUUGACGUUAAUGGAAUUUUAAAAGUCACAGCAGAAGAUAAAGGCACUGGAAUAAAAGAAAAAAUCACUAUCACUAAUGAUCACAACCGGUUAUCACCAGAUGACAUUGAACGUAUGAUCAAAGAUGCUGAACAAUUCGCAGAAGAUGACAAAAAAGUCAAAGAGAAAGUCGAGGCUCGAAAUGAACUUGAGUCAUAUGUUUAUUCUUUAAAAAAUCAGGUAAAUGAUAAAGAAAAAUUAGGUGCAAAAUUAAGCGGCUCUGAGAAGGAAAAAAUCGAGGAAGCUAUUGAGGAGAAAAUCAAAUGGUUGGAUGAAAAUCAAGAUUCAGAAGCAGCUGAAUUCAGCAAGCAGAAAAAAGAACUAGAAGAUAUUGUUCAACCAAUUAUUUCAAAGUUAUAUGCUGGAGGAGCACCACCUACUGACGAUGACGAAGCUGCAAAAGAUGAACUUUAAAUAAUUAGAUUAUAUGCAUUUCUAAGUUGUUUUCAGUGAAAUGAAGUCAAACUUAAGUUUUUUUGAAGUGGAAAAAAAGUCUGCCGAAGAAGUUCGGUUUAUGAAGGAAAGAUCUGAAUUUAGCAUUUGUUGGAGAUUUGUGAAAGAUGUUAUUAUAGCAUCUUUAUAGAAAGUCUGGUUUUUAUUUUAAAUCACAUUUUUUUUUACCACCAAUCAUUUCAAUUUGAAAUCAUACUACAUCAUUAGCACAUUUAAAAAAUGGUUAUUUAUAAGCAUCUCUACUUACAUGUAUGUGCAUGAAACACAUUCCUUAUUUGUAAGAAUUUGUACUGAAAUAAAUUUGAUAAAAUAA